UAUAUUCAGUGGCUAACAGCUACUUCGCUCUGCUCUACAUCCGAUUGAAAAGACAGACUCCUGCCUGGGACCCUUUCUGCAUCCUCACAGCCAGGGAUUCUUUCCCAGUCUGACUCCAGUGACCUUGCAGUUGUCAUUUGCUGGUGCCAAGUGUCUGUUUUUUGUGCGACUCAUCCAAACAAACAAGUGGGGUGAGACUUCUGGUUCUCCCUUUUGUGUCUGACCUGAACAAGCUGGGAGCUGGAUCAAACAUCCCUGGGGAAGCACAAGUUGGUGGUGCAAAGAACAGUGAGAGGAUUGGCUGGCACUGUCAUGUGGCUGAUGCUAGGCAACAUGUGCUAUUGGCUUUCUGGGUUGCAGACAGAUCUGAAGGAGCAUCAGUUUGUGUGUGAGUGUGCGUAUGUGUGCGUGAAUGAGACUGUGCUUUCUCCACAGCAGUCUGGGGGAGCUUUAGCACUUCCACUGAGUUUGAACCAGCCAGCAGUACUAAAAGCAAGAAGAAGCUCCUGCUGACCUGAAAGAGCAGACCCAAUGGGCUGUGAGACUGUAGAUGUGCUGGAAGGUUUUUACGCAUCCCACUCCAAGACAGAAUCAUGAAUAAACUGGUGGACAAGCAGGACCAGAUGAUACCAUGAAGAGAAGUUUACAGGUCCUCUAUUGCCAACUGUUUAGUGUUCUAUUGAUCUUGGCACUGACAGAAGAACUGGUGUUUGGUGUUCAGGUAGUGUCUCCCAGUAUAUCAUCAUCUCCAGGUCUCCUGAUGGACACUACCACUAUGACAGCUAUGGGGACAACACCUCAACACACAGACCUUCAUACAAGAGAGCCCAUUCCUACAUCUGCUCAUUCAAUUCCUCAUUCCAUCAACCCAAUGGAGAACCCUACCCCUUCCAUUGGCCAAAAUCUAGCAACCAGCAGCCAUCAUGGUGGCAAAAAGGAAACAUACCAUUUAUAUAACCAGAGUGCUUUGUAUUCAGGACAGACUCGCCCUAAGGGGAAAGUAUUUCAGAUUUUCAAAGGCAACUUUACAGAAUCUUCAGAGCCUUACCUAAAGACAGCACUGCAUUCUCCCUCCCCUACUUUGAGAAGCCCAUUCACAAACCACCGAUUUCAGUCUCAGACAGCAACCUUCAGUGAUCCCAAAAGCACUGAGCUGGCAACUACUACAAACUUAGACUCUUCUCUCCACAAUGACACUUUGGAAGGCCUUAAUAAAGCAGAGCAAGGGAAUGGAACACAGCUAGUAAUGCAGAAAACAAAUUUCAGUACCCCAACAGUGAGACCAUUGCCUGAUCCUGAAACAGUGUCAGUGCCUUUUAAACCCACGUACUAUGACAUAUGGGAUAUCCUGAGGAAAAAUAACUCUUGGGUAACCUUGAAUGCAGGUACAAAUGUACCUUUAUUCACCAGUCCCGGAACUGAACCAGCAGCAGCAUCGGGUCAGUCUGUUCAGGCUGGUAUUGAUGUCAGUGUUUCAUCACCUGCAAUGGGAAACCCUAAAGGAACUUCUACAACACAGCAGGCCACGAUUAAUUCAACUGUAUUCAUUGGCGUUGUCUCCACAGCCCCUACCACAAGAUUGUCCAGUUCCAUAUCAACCGCGGGCUCCACAGCAACAGGAAACUUCCUGAACAGAUUGGUGCCUGCUGGAACAUGGAAGCCUGGUGUGCCAGGCAAUAUUUCUCAUGUCACUGAGGGAGAUAAACCCCAGCACAGAGCAACCAUUUGUCUUAGCAAGAUGGACAUUGCCUGGAUCAUUCUGGCUAUCAGUGUACCUAUAUCCUCAUGUUCAGUUCUACUGACAGUAUGCUGCAUGAGGAGGAAGAAAAAGACGUCUAACCCAGAAAACAACUUAAGCUAUUGGAAUAAUGCUAUCACAAUGGACUACUUCAACAGGCAUGCUGUAGAGUUACCAAGAGAGAUCCAGUCCCUUGAAACUUCAGAGGAUCAUCUCUCUGAGCCACGCUCCCCAGCCAAUGGUGAUUACAGAGACAGUGGGAUGGUCCUUGUUAACCCCUUCUGUCAGGAAACACUAUUUGUAGGACAUGAACAAGUGUCUGAAAUAUGACCCCCAACACAUACCUGUGCUUGUAUUGCAGUUCCAUCUUAAUUGUCUCCAAAUUAUAAAUAAAUAAAUAAAUAUAUAUAUUAUAAAUAUAA